CCUUCCCCUUAGCCCUAUGCAGACGGGCCAUCUACCCAAGUGAAGCACUGGCAGCCCAACUCCCCUUCGUCCUUAGCCCCUCAGCCCCUGCGUACAAUCAACAGCACAGGCGCACAGCAUCGACUAAGCGAGCGACGGAGACCGGAGUGGCGGACGGCGACCACGGACGGCGACCGCGGAUGACCACCCCUUUUCCCCUUCGGACCUUUUUCAGUUCUUCUGAUUUCCGGCAUAAUCUCCGGUGCGACGGUGCAGCCGGUGCUCCCAUCUCCAGACUCCAGUUAGUCUCAAACUAUGCACUUUUCAGUCGGUUAGCGAAGGAUCAUUCCGAUUUCCCACCAAAAUGCUGAGACUGACAGUACAUACAUCUUUCAAACCUCUCUUCUAUCUCUACCCCCAGCAAAUUCAAACAUCAACCGCCGCGGCCGCCUCCACCUCCACUGCCCUAUCACAACCUCUCCACCACACUACACCAAUCAAUGAAGCCCUCAUCCUCCGAGUCUGCACGGUUCUCUACCAGCAACAAUACUCCUCCGUCGAGAAACUUCACAACAGCCUCCUGAAAACGUCCUUCGACCUCACCCAUGAGUUCUUCCUCCAGGUAUGCAACAAGUUCCCCUACUCAUGGAGACCCAUCUACAAGCUUCACGAGUUUGCGGUGACCCAGCCCGGAUUUUCACACACACCUACCACCCUCAACAAGAUGCUCGACGUCAUCGGAAAGUCGAGAAACAUCGAUCUCCUAUGGGAUUUACUCCAUGAGAUCGGGAGACGCCGUGCAGUUACCACAAAAACAUAUGUAAUCGCUUUGAAAACCCUAGCUUCAGCUAGGGAGCUGAAGAGAUGCGUUGAAAUUUUCCACAUAAUGAGCAGUUUCGGGUAUGAGUAUAAUGUGGGUGCUUUGAAUAAGGUAGUGGAGGCUCUGUGCAAAGACAAGCUUGUCCAAGAAGCUAAACAUGUGGUUAUGAAAUUGAAAGAUUCAAUACAGCCCAAUGUGAUUACUUAUAGAUGGCUAAUAUAUGGAUUUUGCGAUGUGGGGGAUACAAUUGAAGCCUCCAAGAUCUGGAAUUUAAUGAUUGACUCAGGUUUUGAGGCUGAUAUUGAGUCGGUUGAGACGAUGAUGGAUAGGCUAUUCAAGAACAACGAAUAUGGUCAGGCAUUGAAGCUUUUACAAUCCAUGAGAACAAGCAGAAUGGACGAUUUGGGGUUGCCUACGUAUAGGCUUGUGAUCAAUUGGCUGUGCAAGAAGGGAAAGAUCGGGGAGAGCUAUGUAGUGUUUGAGGAAAUGUGCAAGAGAGGGAUUAAACCAGACCAUUCAACAUUAGCAUCAAUAAUUUAUGGGCUUCUUUGCAAACGAAGGGUGAGGGAGGCCUAUGGGGUGCUGGGUGGAAUUAAGAAGCCGGAUGUAAUGGUGUUCCACGGUAUGAUCAAAGGGCUCUUGAGGUUGAAAAGGCCAAGGGAGGCAACGCAAGUGUUUAGGGAGAUGAUCGGUAGAGGUUGUGAACCGACCAUGCAUACUUAUAUAAUGUUGUUGCAGGGGCACUUGGGGAGGAGAGGGAGGAAAGAGCGAGACCCAUUGGUGAACUUUGACACCAUUUUUGUGGGAGGCCUGGUUAAGGCGGGGAAGAUGUUAGAGGCAACGAAAUACGCAGAGAGAUUGGCUUUCCGGAAGAUUGAGGUGCCGAGGUUUGAUUACAACAAGUUUUUGCAUUGCUUUUCGAACGAAGAAGGGGAGGUCAUGUUUGAGGUGAUGGCCAGGAAACUGAGAGAGGUUGGUUCCUUUGAUUUGGCCGAUAUAUUUCAAAGGCCCACCCGCCGGCCUGUCUGCUUUGGCUUCUAGUCAUGAAGCAUUAAGAUUCCAGGGACAAUGUGACCCGGAUCAGUUGGAGUUGAGAAUGCUGGCAAAGCUGGAGCUCGGUGUGAUUGGCCGGAUGAUUUAUUGGCCCUGGAGCAGCUAAAGAGGGGGAGAAGACUCCAUGCUUUGUCUUUUUCUUUGUCUUUUAUUUCUUUUUAGUUGAACACGCUAUUCUUCAUUCACUCAGUGACCCGUGUUUAUGGCUGAUUUAGAUAGCGUGAGACCGUUUUGGACUUUUGGUAAUCGAUGACUUCAGCAAAACCAGUAAAGUUUUAGAAGUUAUUCCAUAGUCCAU